GUUUUCCCUAUCCUGUAUGAAUACUUGAGAUUCUUUGUUGCUUUUUAUAUGAUCUGAGGUUGAUCUGGAACAGUCUUUUGUCCUCUUUGAAAUCAGGAAUUCUGCAUUUGUUGCUCUUCCCAGACAAGCCUGUAUCAGUGGUAUUUUAUAUAAGAAUGUAUCUGUAAAAUGUAUUACGAUUGAAAUUAUAAGCUGCUCUAUUUGCAGGGAGCAAAGUGCCAGUGGAAACUAUGGAAAGUCUAUUAGUGCCUUAAGAGAUUGCAUAGGGAAGUAUAACACAGUUUUCUUACUAGCCCAGGCUGUAAGUCUUGUAAAUUAAAAUGCUGAAAAUCCUUUCUAGAAUAUCCCUCUCCUUUGUUUUCGUUACUGUCUAAUCCUUGGUUUUAUGCUUGUUGCUAUAUCAAUUUAUUGCAGUUAUUAAAGUUUCAGAUAACAUAGUAAGUUUGAUACUUGGAAACUCUUUAUGAUCAUGAUUGUUUUGGUGUCUGGGUGUUGGGUUUUUGUAAGUUUGUUUUAAGUGGAGGAAGCUGGUUUUCAGUUAAUUCCAGACCCAAUCUUGCAAUGAACUCUAGGGGCAGGGAUUUGGUUUGCAAGCAGUUUGUUCAGGGUUGGAACUUACUUUCUUCAGAGGAUGUAGCAUCUCACCUCUGAAUCAGUGUACAUAAAUGCAAGUGUUUAAACAUAAAAGGCAUUGCAUUUAUUUUCAAAAGCAAGUGUGGAAAUAAUGGAAAGUAGAAGGGAAGUAAAGAGUUUUUCUAACCUACUUAAUGCUGAAUGUCAGAAUUUCUGAUGUGUAACUGUUCUUCAAACUUUCGGGGGGAAAUUUAUUAAUAAACAUAGGGAAAAAACUUAUUGUGUUAAAGUUUUUCUUACAAUUUUCCUUACAGUUUACUUUCAGAGGAGUUGGUUUAGUUCUUCAUUGCUACCUGUCUGUCUUCAUUAUUCUCUGUGGUCUUUGAAAACUAAGGAAACUCAAUUUCUUUGGCUUUUUCUCAGCCUUUGAUUGUUCUUACUGCUUUUCUUUGGAAUCUGUUCACCUCUCUCUUCUUAGGUACUGUAGUCCCAUGGGGGCUUUCCCAGAGCAGCAGGACUUUCAGCUGUCAUACAGACACUGGUUUUGCUUGCACAUCCCUCCACAGUGUCUGUCAUUUUUGUGGCACUGUCAGCUUAUAUUCAGCUUCUGCUCAAGGAGAUCUGCUGGAUCCCUCUCUGCACUCCAGCUGCUGAAGUGAUCAGUUCUUCUGAGUGAAGAAUGUGAUAUAUUUAUUGAGUGGCUUGUCUUCUAAGCCAGAAAGCCAGCAAAGUCUUCAUGGAUAAUGUUACUCUCCUGGAUUCUUCACUCUUCCUUUCCGUGUCCUUCUGCGUAGUGACUCCGCAUAUUGGGCAGCCAAGUUACAGCAUCCUUCUGGAAUUGUAGACAUCCACAGCAUAGCUUGUGAGGAAAGGAUUGUUCACUGAUACAAUGUCUGCUCCGAGUGGCAUCCCUGUCCCAUCUGCACCACCUUCUUAUGAGGAAGCAACAGGAAUCAAUGUGAGCUAUCCUCACCCCUAUCCUAUCCCAGAACCUGGCCAGAAACCAGAUGGGAAGGGAAUGAACCCUCCCCCAUACAUGGGACAGCCGGCACCAGUGCCCAACCCAGUUACAGUUCAGACAGUAUACGUACAGCAGCCAGUAGUAUUUUAUGACCGCCCCGUUCAGAUGUGCUGCCCUUCCUGUAACCAGAUGAUAGUGACACGUCUCUCGUAUGACUCAGGAGCUUUGACUUGGCUGUCAUGUGGGGGCCUCUGCCUGCUGGGGUGUAUAGCUGGCUGCUGCUUAAUUCCCUUCUGCAUUGAUGCCCUAAAGGAUGUGGAUCACACCUGUCCAAACUGUGGUGCUCUUGUUGGUUCUUAUAAGCGUUUAUAGGCAGUAUUUAAACACCGAUAAUUGAUUGAUGGAGUUGGUUAGCACCUCUACAAGCCCUUUCUGAAGCUUCCUGGAGAAUUCUGGUUGUUUCUGUGCAUCCUCUCACUGGAAACCAAUCAAAAGUAAUGUCUGUUGCAAGAUUGUUUGAAUAAGAAUUUCCUUGAGGGGAUUCUGACGUAGGUCUAUAAUCUGUAUGUAAAAAGUGUACAUACAGUAUCUGUAUGUAAAAAGUACGUGUAAUCGUGAUGGGCCACUCGCUCCUGCACCAGUUGAUAGCAACUAAAUGUUGUAUCUUUCUGCUUUAUGCAAAACAGGCUGGUGAUGUUCUUCAGUUAAUCGUGUCCCAGUCAUACUACACGCUGUUGUACUUGCUAACGGUCUCGGCACAAAGCAAGAGGAGAACGUCUAUGGAGACUGAUAAAGUCUUGUGCUUGGUGUUGAUGCUUUUCCAACAGCACUGUUUACAAACUGGCAGGGAGUUUCUUGAUUUCAAGACAGGCACCCCUCUCUGACAAAAGAAGUGAUUUGUUUGCAUCUUUUCACAAGCACUGAAAUUCACUUUAAAACUUUCUUAAGUCAAAAGAGAGCCAAACCUAAAGGCUUCUUCCUUCUUGGACGCUGCUUUACCAAAUGAACAACUCAGGUUAUUGUGCAUCAAUGUUCAAUAGUGAUUCAAUCUAGUUCCUGAAUUUCUUUGCCAGUUUUAAGUCUGGUCACAUCUCUACUGUGACAUCUGUGCAGUAGAGAUGUUCAUACAGGAAUUUUUAAUAGAUAUUUUUUCAGCAUUUUUUGUUUGGUUGGGUUUUUUUACUCUCAGUUUCUAAUUCUGUGAAGUGUUCUCUCCAUUCUAGUGGAAAAGGUCACAAAGCCUUGAUUAUAACAUUGGAAAAUUUCCUUUUACGUUUACGUAAGUCAACUGAUAGAUCAUAAGCAAAUCUCAGCCUUACCUUAAGGCUUGAACUCUAUCUGCAAAACGCAGGUACGGGACCUGUGCUUUUAUUUGUCGAUCUGUUUGUUAAUUACUAUUUCUUCAUUGGGAGGGUAAUAAGUUUGUUAAGGAGUUUCUCUGAUAAUUAUUUAGACUUGUACUCUUGAUUCUAAAAGAGAAGUUCUGUUUUCAGAAACCUAAGCAGGAUAUGCUUAUUGAAGCUGAUGAUCACAAAUAAUUAGGGAAAGAGGCUCUGAAUGUUGAAGUAUUUUAUAUCAUAAGCAGCAGACUCAGUCCAAAUAACAUCUUGAUGCAUUUGGAUGAUAUCUGUCUAGAAAAGACAGGUGUUUAAAUAAGGCUAUGAUGCUAAUGCUGUAUUAAUCUCUGUAAAAGUGAAAAGCUAAAAUAAAUACAAAUAAAAAUACUUCAUUUACA